AUGUCUUACGCCGACGCAGCUGCAAAGGGCCCCAAGCAGUCCCCCGAGGACGUAAGUAUUCAAGUUCCCAUUAUCAAAUAUCCCUUACGCACAACUAACAUAUACUCCAGCCGCGCUCCUCCUGUGGGCGGAAUCUAUCGCGAUGAAUCUGAGAGCACGGCCUCGUUGAUCGACGUCGAUAGCCCCCAUGUGCAGACUGUGGAGUCCGACUUCCUCGAGCAAGAUGUUCAAACCACCACCCAAGCGGAGCGGAUAGAGCGCGAAGCCGAGGAGAAGGCGAAGCGCGAGGACGAGGAAAAGAAGAAGGCCAAGGCCCACAAGGUGAAGAGCAGUGGAAUCUAUGAGAACACUAGCAACCCUGUAUUCCUUGCCAAUGCCGCUAUCGCAACUGUGGUCGGCGCAGGCCUCGGCUUCGGUGCCUACAAGCAACACGCGCGGGGCAACCUCUCCUGGGAGCUGGUAGGACUAUCUGCCGGUGCUGUUGGAAUCUUUGGUGCGGUGGACUACUUCGUGAGCAAGUGGUUCCUGCAGAACAAGUUCCCCCCCAAAUAGAUGUGCAGCGUUUCAUCUCUUUCUUCCUGGUGUUGCCUAAUUGCUUUAUCUUGAUAUACCAUUCCAGCUCUUCUGUGGUUUUGCAUUUUGUUCAUUUGGC